AUGUUAAGCCCGAGUUCCGAAGCGAUCUUGAACGUGGUGGUGUACCCACGAGAUUCUGUCUUUUCAAAUGAGAAUGUGAUUGGCUGGUGCCUUGCAACACAUUCUUAUCUGUUAGGAUUGCUCAUGACAAAUGCAUUGUGUGAUUUAGCAUCUCAUUCCCCAACCACCUCUACCUCAUCAGACAAACCAAGUAGACUCAAGCGUUUCUCGCGCUGGACACAGUCUAUUUCUCUACUCAAUAAGCUCAGACGACCAAAACCCAAGCCAGAUAUCCGACGUCAGAGUAGCACCCAGGUCAGACAGGUCGAUGCCGAGUUGCCGAGACGAUUGUCGUACAGUAGCAAAAGUAAGCCGCAUCCUCCCCCUCCUGAAGAUGACGACCAGACCCUGGAACAGCCGACUAUAGAUAGACUGUAUGAAUCACCUACAAAGGUGCUUCCAACGCUGUCAUCACUAUCGCCUCCACCACGGCACACGAUGUCAAGGAAGAAUCGUAUCCAGAGUAUGCAGCUCGGCGACCUAGCAACCGUCCAUGUGGCUGUGCCUAUCCAACGUCCGCGCACCAUGGCCAGCCGACCUUGUGUACUCAGACUGUCCCUAGACGUGGAACAGCACUCCACACUCUCUCACGCAUCAACCUUGUCCAAUGAUAGCGAGGACAGGUCAAGUACAUACACCAGCCAAAGCGUCUCUAGACCUGGACUUGGCAGCAACCGCAGGUCGGAUCCAAUGACGCCCUUUCGUAGCGGAACUCUCGGUAGCAUCAGACAAUCCGAUCUCAGCAAUCAUAACGACUUUUUCGUCAAUAGAGCGAGCAGCCGUCUUUCGCUUAUCGAACGCCGCAGACGCCGCUCUCCUCAGACGGUUCCCGAUGAUGGCCGGCUCUUGCUGGCCCUCAGCGAUCACUCUUCUGUGACUGAUGUGGCCUGGCAAGAGAGAGGACUGAUCUCAUUCGACCGAGAUGUUUCUCGACAGGAAGCCAUGCUUGCUCUGGAAGGAAGACGGACAUCCGAUACCACCAUUUCAUCAUUUGGACGCGACAAACCAUCCUACGACAAUGACUUUUCAAUCAAUGACACAAGUCUCCGCCGUAGAUCUACACUAGACGAGCAGGAAGUCGUACGAAGACACCUGCUCGAAGACACCAGCCUUCAUAUCAUUCCCGAAAAUACCAACACACCCCCAUCGUCAGCAAACCUCAAGGCGCGCACUCCAUCGCUCAUCUACUUUCCUUCUUCACCGAGUUCUAUUGGGUCCAUUGAGCACGACAAUCACGAUUGA